AUGAAUGUGCAAAUUAUUGACAGAGUUAAAGAAUGUACAAAUGAAGUAUUGAGAUUGAGCAGCCUUGAAGAGAGAAUCCUUCAACAAAAAUCCAAGAUUGACUGGCUCAAGCUUGGCGAUGGUAACAAUUCAUAUUUCCACACUACUCUGAAAAUUAGGCAUAGGCAGGACCAUUUGGAGCAGUUGAAGGAUGAAAAUGAUAGAGACCUGAUUCAUCAGGAGGAGAUAGAGGGAGAAAUUCCCAGCUACUAUAAAAAUCUUAUAGGCACUUCCAACAACCUGAUCAGUAUUGACCUAGUUGCUAUGAGGAAUGAACCUCAGCUCUCUCAAGAGCAACGGGAUGUGCUAUCUGCCCCCCAUCACUAA